ACCGAGCGGAAAGUUUGUUGGCGGAGACGCAGCAACGACACGGCCCGGGACAUGACUCCUUGAACCUUUUGAUGUUGGCAGUAGAGAGAUACAAAGCAAUGGAAGACAUGCAGGAGCUCCAAAGACCCUUGCUGGGUGAGCAGGCUAAAGGCAAACCCUUUAGUCAUGUCCUGCUCUGCCGAUCCCAGGAGAAAUCCACACCUCCCUCAGAGAGAGCCUGGGACCAUCUGACUCUGAGCAAGUUCCCAUCAAGAAUGGACGCCUGCUCACAUAAGGAUACCAUGGACGCUCUCUGUAGGCCAAGCCUUGCACUCCAAGUGGAGUCCAUGGUCCUCCUGAAUCUUAAAGGCUGCAGUGAGACUACCUUCACCGAGUGCAGGAAUGAGGAAGGUGAGACUGGAAACCCUGCCUGGCCCCUGGACCUGGAGCUUGAGUCAAAGCUGGACAAAGUUCCAACCAUCUCAAUCGAUGUGGAGGAUGUUCCAUUUCUGGAGAUGCAGGCCAACCAUUACAGCGAUGACGACAGCGAUACCGAUAGUGAAAGAACUUUCUCCCUCAGUAUCCCUCAGGAUCAUUUGGGUCUCGCCCUCUUCUCCAUGCUCUGUUGCUUCUGGCCAGUGGGAAUUGCCGCAUUUUGCCUGUCGCAGAAGACCAGCAAGAUCAUGGACCGAGGGGAUUACCACGAAGCCAGAUCUGCCUCCAAGCAAACUUUUUGUAUGGCCGUCUGUUCCAUUGCCCUUGGUGUGUGUACAUAUGUUGCGGGUGUGGUGGUUCUUGCCCUCUACAUGUCAAGGAAUGCCCAUGCAUAGCGACAAUCUCCACAGGCACAGUCACUGAAGAGAGAUCCGCAUCUUUCAUCAGUGUACAUUGAAGGGGACGUCCCAGCAUAGAAACCGUCAACCACCCUGACUGAAACCCGACUGGUAUUCCUGCUCAAGGAUGUCUGAUCCAAGGAGAAGUCUGGGUAUAAGGUACACUUGUGGAAUGUGUGGAUGUGCUCUGUAUCACAAUCAUAUCACUUUACAGAAAACUGGUUCAUCUGGCAUUAAACAGAGGCUCCAUCUUGACCAUGUGGAGCAGUGUAAAGGGUUUUGGCAAUAAGGAGGGAGGGCUGGAAAAGGCAAAAUGGGGAAGGAACAUGGGGAUUGGAUUACCCUCCCCCAGCUGGCUUUAUCUACCUAUCAUCCUUCAUUUCUACCCAUCACCUACAAGCCUUCUGCCUCUGCAUUUCCCUCUUCUCCCUCCCCCAGCUGGCUCUAUCUACCCAUCCUAAUCUGGUUCCAACCUCCUCUGUCUGACCCCUCUAUCUCACCUCUGUACGAUGGCCACCUUCACUCUACACCAGGGGUUCCCAACCUUUUUUAUGCCACUAAGCAAGAGGUCCAUGCUCUACACUCUUAGCCCUUAUGAAGGGUCUCGACCAGAAUAUCCCUUUGCCUCCUCUAAUGUUGCUCGACUUGUUGAGCACCUCCUACAGUAUUUGUUUUAGCUCAAUAUUCCAACAGCUGCAGUCUCUUAAGCAACACGUACAAAAAGGCAACACGCACGGAAAGGAACAAUCAGUUGAAGUUUUGGGCUGAGGCCUUUCACUGGGACUUCAGCAUCCUGAUGAAGGGUCCUGACCCAAAACAUCGACUUUGGUUCCUUUCCGUGAAUGCCUGACCUGCUACGUUCCUCCAGCAUGUCGCACGUGUUGCUCUGGAUUCCCAGCAUCUGCAGGAUCUCUUGUGUUUAUGAUUAGCUGCAGUCUCCCAAAAAUGGCGUAUUUAUAAAGAGUAAUUACAUAAUGACUGAGAAACUUUUACAUAUGCAUUCAUUCUCAAUAGAUGACAUCAAUGUAUGUUGAUACAUUGCCCAUGUCAACAGCCACAUGAAGGUCAUCUUUCAGAGCUGCUGCAGCCCUGAAAGUACAACUGAAGCAUUUUGUUUGAUAUAGUUUGUAAUGCACCCCAUGCUCUAUGUUUUAAACAACUCAACACUGAUAACGGAAGUAAAUACCAUCUUCACAGUCACAUAGCGUAUGAAAGCAACAUACGGCAACAAGGUCAAUUGGUUUCAAAAAACACUCUGGUGCGAUUGCAAUUAUAACGUCAAAGCAAAAUUAUUUAAGUUCUUAAUAGAAGAGUAUUUACACUCAGUGGCCACUUUAUUAGGUAGGAGGAGAGGUAGAUUCGGAGUUUGUCCGCCUAAACGCGAGAGCGAGGCUUGAUCAAUCUAAGCACUGGGCCAAUUUGGAAAGGCCACGUAUGGGCCGAAAUGUGCUGGUGGGGUCCAGGCUCAGAUUUUAUCCAUGCAGCGGGGCCCGGGUGCCUAGGGCGGGGUACAACCUAAUGUUUGGACGAUUUAAACGCCAGGCCAGCUGGAUUGAAAAGGCAGGUGUUGGGACCAGAGGCGAGGGUCAAAAAUGCCCUGCUCCACGAUGUUUUGCUCCGCUCUGUGACAAACUGAGGCUGUGGCUGGGGGCCUGCUCCGGGCUUUGUGUCUGAGAACUAACUUUCAUACUAAAAUGUUAUUUGCUAACUUUUAUUGUUUGCACAUUUCUCCACCGCACAUUGGGUGUUUGUCGUUUUUUUAAAAAAAUGGGUUCUUUUGGGUUUCUUGUUUCGUGGCUGCCUGUAAAGAGAAGAAACUGAAAGUGUACGUACUUUGAUAAUAAAUGUACUUUGCAUGACUCCCUGUACCUAAUAAAUAGGCCACUGAGUGUAUGUUCAGUCUUCUGCCGCAACUUCAAGGUUUGAUGUGUUGUGUAUUCAGAGUUGCUCUUCUGCAUAUCAUGGUUGUAAUACCUGAUUAUUUGAAAUACUGUCACCUCCCUUUCAGCAUGAACCAAUCUGCCCAUUCCCUCUAACCUUUCUCAUUAACAAGGCAAAUUCACUCACAGAACCACAGCUUUUUUUUUGUUGUUUUCUGAGAAUUCUCUGUAAACUCUAAAGCCAGGGGUUCCCAACCCUUUUUGCGCCAUGGACUAAUACCAUUAACUGAGGAGUCCAUGGACUCCAGACUGGGAACUACUAGUCUAGAGACUAUUCUAUGUGAAAAUCCCAGAUCAGUAGCUGAGAUACUCAAGCUACCCCAUCUGGCACCAACAAUAACUCUACGAUCAAAAUUACUUUGAUCACUUCUCUUUCCCAUUAUGAUGUUCGGUCUGAACAACAACUGAACCUCUUGACCACAGCUGCAUGGUUUUUAUGCAUUGAAGUGCUGCAAUGAUUGGCUGAUCAGAUAUUUACAUUAACGAACAAGUGUACCUAAUAAAGUGGCCACUAAGUGUAUAUCCCAAUGGUAGUCCUCCAGCCAUAGAACUUGGAGCUGAAUGGGAGCCAGCCACAAUAGAAGGGCAUGCGCUAAUCCUUCUCCUCUGGAGAAACUGUAUCCCACUGGCAGCAAACAGCUAUGGAAAAGUAAAGAUCUUUUUUUAACCAUGGCUUGAAUUU